AUGCACAUCUUCCGCUCCAUAAAACUUGGUACAAACGACGAAGCUCCGACUGGACGAAAAUUGCGUGCUCAGAGGAUCAAAGGACUCAAAAAGCUCUUGAAGCGAAACCCGACACUGGCGUCCUACAUUGUUCGACUGGAGAUCGUCAUUCCCCCUGAUAACGAAUGGCUGGGGAAGGAUUCCACUUUUCUGUGCGUCAUGAAGAAGAUAUCAAACUCGCAACACCCCCUGCAGACGCUGUCUUUGCGUGGGUUCUACCACCACCUCGUCAAUCCAUCGUCUGUGUGGACGAAUUUUAUGAAACCUUUCAUUCUUCCCUUCAUCACCUCAUUGGAGCUUCGCGUCAUCUCGAAGUUUCCCUUAUCGAUACUGUGCAGCUGCCCCCAGCUGAGGAAAGUGAUUUUAUGGGCAUCGACACUCUCUGUUUCAGCCUCAAGCUUGCCUCAUCCGAAUUCUCGCCCACAGCUUCAAUCUCUGGAAUUUGGAUCGUCCAAUGAGGCGAUUACCUCAAUGCUACAGAUGAACAAACUUUAUUCAACUAUUUACAUGGAUUUAUCGACGCUUCAAACCCUGAAGGCUCAUGUUCGCCGGGCAGAAGACCUCACGAGUGUCCAGCAAUUGAUCAACAAAUCAGAAGGAUCCCUCCUAGACGUCUCUUUAGUUAUGGAUAAUCGUCCAUGUAAGUCCACCUCUCAGGUUCUUCGAGAAAUCACGAGUGCUGAUUUCAAUGAAGCCUACCUUCCGUUGACACAACGUGUCGACCUGCACACUAUGCACACCUUACAACGUCUGGAAGUCGAAAUUUUUGCCACCUCAGAAGACCCGCUGGCCGGAAUAAUCAGCGUCCUUCAAACGGUCCCAACACUGCUCUAUCUCGAGUUGAUGAUAUAUGGUCGGUGGUCCAAUGGGCAUGGUCCGGAAAACCUGGUAUCUGCCGACUGGAAGGGUUUGAAUGCACAACUUGAAAGGAUUUCCGAAGUCAGUAAGAGUCUUCGCGCUCAGAUUGGUAUCGCCUACGAAGUCCCCAGAGGCUAUCCCACUCAGCCAUUCCAGAAUGUUCUUGGAAGCAUAUGCACGACCCUCCUCUCUCAAUCUCGCAGCAUCCCUCAUCUGACACUCAAUGCCAUCUAUGGCGUUGAUUAUCCUCGACUCAACUGA